AUGCGUGCCGCGAUCAUUUUGGGAGACAUGACCAUCCACUGUGAGCCGGGCACGGACGAGGGGAGGGUCUGUGCCGUGGACGUCACCGGCCUCAUCGCGGUGCUCAGCUUGAUCACCCGCUUCUUCGCACUGGCGGCGAACUCCUGCAUCAACAUCGUAGGGGAUGCGGAUCGUGGCGCCGACUGCGUGGGCCUGGCAGCUGGAAUCCCGGCAGCGGUCAUGGCCAUGACGUCCUCGGGCAUGAACCUGCAGGCGGCUUGCGACAAGGCCUUCCAAGAUUGGGACCCCUACAACUGGCCGCGCAACGAGAAGCAGAUCGGCAAGGGCAGCGAGGAGCUGUCGGUGCCUGCAGAGGAUGGCAACACCAUCAUCGCCGAGCCGUGA